AUGUGGAGGCUCAAGGUUGCUGAUGGUGGUAAUGACCCUUACAUCUAUUCCAUGAACAACUUUGUCGGACGACAAAUAUGGGAAUUCGACCCCGACGCUGGCUCCCCCGAUGAACGAGCUGAAGUUGAACGCGUUCGUAAUGAAUUCACUAAAAAUCGUCUUAAGGGCUUUCCUAGCGCUGACUUGCUCUGGCGUCUUCAGCUUCUGAGGGAGAAAAAUUUCAAGCAAAGUAUCCCACCGGUGAAGGUUGAAGAUGGAGAAGAAAUCACUUACGAAAUGGCGUCCGAUGCAAUGAAGAGAGGGGCGUAUUUCCUGGAGGCCAUACAGGCGAGCGAUGGACACUGGCCCAGCGAAACAUCGGGGCCACUAUUUUACUUGUGCCCUCUGCUCAUUUGCAUGUACAUCAUGGGUUUUAUGGAUUCCGCUUUCAGUCCGGAGCACAAGAAGGAAAUGAUGCGCUACCUUUACAACCAUCAGAAUGAAGACGGCGGAUGGGGAUUACACGUCGGUGGGCACAGUAACAUGUUCUGCACGACCUUCAAUUAUAUCUCUCUACGUUUACUUGGUGAAGAGCCUGACGUUGAGGCAGUUGCCAAAGGCAGAAUCUGGAUCCGUGACCACGGCGGCGUCACCUCCAUACUCUCCUGGGGAAAGACGUGGCUCUCGAUAUUAAACCUGUUCGACUGGUCUGCUAGCAACCCCAUGCCUCCUGAGUAUUGGAUGUUUCCCACUUGGGUACCCAUUCAUCCAUCUAACAUGAUGUGCUACACUCGAAUCACCUACAUGCCCAUGUCUUACUUGUACGGCAAAAGGUUUCAAGCUCCUCUAACGCCUCUUGUUUUACAAUUAAGAGAUGAACUUCACACCCAAGCUUACGAGAAAAUUAAUUGGAGGAAAGUUCGUCACAUGUGUGCUACGGAAGACCUGUACUUCCCACAUCCCUUUGUCCAAGACCUGCUUUGGGACACUCUUUACAUGCUCAGUGAACCACUCAUGACCCGCUGGCCUUUCAACAAAUUGAUUCGCCAAAAGGCCCUUGACGAAACCAUGAGGCAUAUUCAUUACGAGGAUGAAAACAGUCGCUACAUUACCAUUGGCUGCGUUGAAAAGCCGUUAUGCAUGCUUGCUUGCUGGGUUGAAGAUCCCAAUAGUGAGUAUGUGAAGAAGCAUUUUGCCCGAAUUCCUGAUUACUUAUGGAUGGCUGAAGAUGGCAUGAAAAUGCAGAGUUUUGGUAGCCAGUCGUGGGAUGCUGCCCUCGCCAUGCAAGCUCUGCUUGCUUGUAAUAUCACACAUGACAUCAGGUCUGCGCUUAAUAAUGGCCAUGAUUUCAUCAAGAACUCCCAGGUUAGAAACAACCCUCCUGGUGACUACAAAAGUAUGUUCCGCUACAUGUCUAAAGGAUCUUGGACAUUUUCAGACUGUGACCAUGGAUGGCAAGUGUCUGACUGCACCGCCGAGAACUUGAAGUGUUGCCUGCUACUUUCGUUGCUACCACCGGAAAUAGUCGGUGAGAAGAUGGAACCUCAACGCUUCUACGAUGCUGUCAAUGUCAUCCUGAACAUGCAGAGCAAAAACGGAGGCUUACCAGCCUGGGAGCCAGCGUCUAGUUACUACUGGAUGGAGUGGCUGAAUCCAGUGGAAUUUCUUGAAGAUCUAAUCAUCGAGCACCAGCAUGUGGAGUGCACCUCAUCAGCGUUGCAGGCCAUACUCUUGUUUAGGAAACAAUACCCAGAACACAGAAAGAAAGAGAUCAAUAAUUUCAUCAACAAGGCGGUUCAGUUUCUUCAGGACAUACAAUUGCCUGAUGGUUCUUGGUAUGGAAAUUGGGGGAUUUGCUAUACUUAUGGAACGUGGUUCGCGCUUAAGGCGUUGUCGAUGGCGGGGAAGACUUACGAAAAUUGCGAGGCGCUUCGUAAAGGUGCCAAUUUUCUUAUCAAGAUACAGAAUCCAGAAGGAGGAUUUGGAGAGAGCUACUUGUCAUGUCCUUACAAGAGAUAUAUACCGCUCGAUGGGAAACGAUCAAAUUUGGUGCAAACAGCUUGGGGUAUGAUGGGUUUGAUAGCUGCAGGACAGGCGGAUGUAGACCCGGGUCCCAUUCAUCGAGCAGCCAAGUUGUUGAUCAAUUCUCAAACUGAAGAUGGUGAUUUUCCUCAAGAGGAAAUUACUGGAGAGUUCUUCAAAAAUUGCACCUUGCACUUCGCAGCAUUUAGAGAAGUUUUUCCUGUGAUGGCACUGGGAGAAUACUGUAACAAGGUUCCGUUGCCUUCCAAGAAGAACACUAUAAAUUAAGGUUUUAAAUUAGACGACAAAUAUAUUAUGUUCUUAAAGGAUCACAUGUAAUAUAAUAACUGUACUUGAGCACAGUUUUUAGUCGCCACAUCUAUGUUUCUUUUGCAACUUAUUGUUUUGUUUUGUUUUUUUUUACACUUGGAUGUAUUAAAACUUUAGCUACAUUUACGAGCACAAAAGAUUUGCUCCAAAAUUAAAUAUUUGUAUGUGCAUUAUAUUUUCAUUCA